CAAUAAGUCCGGACUUAUCUGCAGGACUCUUGGCGGCGCGAGGGCGACUUUCGUUGUCAAGAAAGCGGACUCAACUGUUAGUUCCUUGCGGACUUAUCUGAUAGGGCGGACUUAUUGCACGGAUUUUAGGGUUGUCGUCCUCUCAUGCCCAUACCACAUCAGGUAUUAACUGGCGCACUCAACAGAGGAGAAAGCGUUUAUGCUGUCGGAAACACGGAAUGGACGACAUUUAUAGCAUGUGCUGUUGGUUCGAACGUUGCUGUUCUGAGGGAUGACCUCUCCAGAGUGCAGGUAAUUUCUGGGUGUCUUCACGAUACAGAACAUCGGGUGAACAGCGUGAGCUGCUGCCAAGCCUCAGGAAAAAUUGCAGCCGUUUACGGUAACAUCAUCCGGAUUUUUGAACCAAAAGCUGUUACAUAUAAAGAUGAGCAUGACGAUUUUUUCAAUCAUCGCUGGGUCGAAAUACAUUGUCUUACGGUUGAAAAACCAGUCGACCUUGUUCGUUGGAACUUGAACGGCAUGAGAUUGACUUUGGUGAUGGGUGAUAAGCUAGUUUUCUAUCAGCAGCGAUGUCUGUCUAGGAUGGCUGGAGCAUACACAAAUUUGUCUGUGCUUCACACCCCAGAAAAUAAGCAAGCACAGCACGAUCAUAGUUGGGAUGAUGUUUGGUCAACACAGCUUGCACAUGCUCCGAAGUACAUAGAAUACUCUCCUGAUGGUGUGUUUCUGGCUGUUGCGGGAGAAUAUGAUCACACAGUGAAGAUAUUUUUUGAAGAAAUAGAGCAUGACAAUCCAAACCGACUCAGUCUUGGUUACGUCACGUUGCAUCACCCUUCAAUAGUUCUUGGGUUUGAAUGGCGACGACUUGGCCGUUAUGUGACGAGUGCAUGCGUACAAGCUGUAUUAAUAACUUGGUGUGAAGAUAAGGUAACUCGAAUUUGGAAAGAAACACCAUUAUCUGAACUCUCUUCACCGGACUUGAGUGAUGUGACAGGUCAGCCGUACCGUUGUAAAUGUUGGUCGCGAAAGAUCAGAAGUGAUUGGAACAAGAUUAACAAGAAGCUAGAGAUUGCUGGAUCGCAGUUUGGACAACAAUCGCGUGCUAACGUACAGUUUCACUUAGCUGCCACCAUUGAUGUAAAAGCAGUGAAUGGCGUAGUUCUGUGCGAACCGCUGCAUUUGCAUUGGAUGAACAACAAAGAACUGGAAUUUGACAUUGAAAUCGAGAAAUUGUUGUCUGAAGCUGUUUGUUUAGAAAAUAACAGACUUGAUCGAGGUUCAAUGGGCUUGCAUGUAACCGGAAGUCCUGCUCGCGAGUGCAGUCCAUUCUCCUCGGACUUACAUCCCGAGAAAGUCAAAUUAAAAGAUUCCAUUGACACUUUUUCGAGAAAUGCCUUUGAUUUGAAGCUGGAGAUUUUGCUAGGACGUUGGAUUCGUUCAACUGACGUGCUGUUCGCGGUGCAUCCUGUUGAUGGCUCUUUUUUGACAUGGACAGUCGAAUGGCUAGAUGAUGCUAAUCGCCAAGCUAUCGUUUCCUUCACUUCAAUAUUGCCAGCUGCAAUUCCUGUCAUCGAUGCGUCUUCCAUUCAUCCUACCGUUCAUACUUUUAUUCCUCAGAAAUAUACGUAUAAUGUAUAUCGGAAAAAGGAAGACUGCGAAGAAGAUGGAAGAACAUCAAAUGGAGUUUGUCUACUUACUAAUCACGAGAAUGGCUCCCUCAAUCUAUGGCACAUGACCAUGGACGGAAACACUACUCUUGGCAAAGUUCGAUGUAUCACUCACAUAUCACGAAUGUGUGGGCAUCGCUUUUGUGUGACUCAGGUUGUCGCUCAUCCCUUGCUUCCUCUCCUACUAACCGUAUCACAAUCUCGAUGUAGUCAAGCUGAUGGUACUGCUGAGAACUCUGAAGUGGUUCUUUGGAGGACUUCCCCUAUAGGUCCGCUAUGCAAAACUGGUGGUGUGAAGGAGCUCGCGCGCAUCAUUAGUCCUAUACAUCUCGGUGUACGCACAGCGUGGAUACCAGCUCUUCUGCCCAAAUGUUGCUUUAUAGUUAGCGAUGGCGAAAAUCUCGUGAUUUAUCAAGCUAAUGUCAGAGUACGAGAUUUAGUUGAAUUGGACAACUCGACGAAGGAAAAUGAAAGUCCUGUUGCGAGUUUGUCCACCACUAAAUUGUCCCAAAAAUUCACCAGUACAAGCCCACACCAACUUCAUACUUGUGUAGUAGAAGUUGGACGAAUCAGCGGUGCGGUUUCGGCAACAUCGGAACUGCUCUCACUACAUGUAAUCCCGGAGCAUAUUGUUGGCGUUGCUUGUUUUUGCCGUGGGGAGGAUCAUCCUUAUGUGGGAAGCGUUGUUGAACAAUGCAAAAGUGCAUCCUACGGCGAGCAAUUUUUUGUUGUUCUGGUUGAACGAGGUUCAGAAUAUGACACUUUCGCAGUGCACUCUCUCGAAUUAAUGUCUUCCCACCGUCAACCACUUCUAGAGAUCGGCCACAAACCUUGCGAUGGUGCAUUUUCGCAAGAGUUAUCCCAAUUUUAUAAUGCUGAGUUAAACUUGGAAAGUGAGAAAAUCUGUCACCAACGUGUUCCUCUUCCCUUUGGAGUCCAUAUUACUGCUGCUGUGCCAGCUUCCGGACAUCUUCCAUCGUCAUCUUUUUAUCCUUUUUGUCAAGCACCGUUCAUUCUGUGCACAAGUGGCGACGAUGAUGUGCUACGAUUUUGGCGGUGCGGAAUAGCUAAAGCAAGUGCUGUGGUCAAGUGUGAAUGGAAAGAAUGGGCUAUGAUCAACAGUCAGUCAGGCGAGGUCAAGCUAGUAGGUAAAAUCUUCUCCAUUUCUGCUGCAUAUUGCGGAAGAAUUGCUUAUGCCUACAGUCGUGAGACAGGAAGUCUGGAAAAUGCUAACAUUGCUGACGUGGAAAUAGUCGUGUUUGAGUGCGAAUCAUCUGGUGGUAUAGAAUGGAUGAAGGAGGAUACCAUCAGCCUGAAGGACGUUCUUAUUCCGGAUGUAUCCGCAACAAUUUCUUUGUCGCCUGCGCUCGUUGAUUCUGCGGCUGAAUUUUCAACGUCUUCGCAGACCGUCAAGGAGGCGAUACUAUUGGACUGGGUAUCUACCGAGAAUGGUUCACAUAUCCUAAUUGUAGGUACUACAAGGGCCGUAUGCAUAUAUACACAGGCGAUGUGCGACUCGGAACAAUCUGAUACCAGUGUGAGCCUUCUUACGCCUAAGGAAGCCUCCAGCCGAUUGGUUCGCUGGGUGUGCGCGAGAGUGGUCGAGAUACAAGCAGCUUAUGGGCUGCCUGGAGUUUUAACAUCCUUGGGUUGCACUCGCGAUGGGCUUCUCAUCGUUGGCAUCCAAAGCGAGAUGCGCGUCUACGACCAGUGGAAUCUACAGCGGCCGGGCAAUGAGCAAUUGUUUCAUCAUGAUGCCGGGAAUUCGCAGGCGUUCAAAGCUCGAUCUCAUUUGCCAUCAACGUUGAAUCAGCUACAGAAAAGAAGGGCGACAGCCUCCAAUAGUCAGCUGAUUUCGGAUGCAACAGAGAAGACAUUUUCCUCUACGACGGCCACCUACUCGCUGGUAUCAGAUGGUUUGUUUGAGGCUGCUCGCCUAGCUUUUCCUGUUUUACCGCAAUACCACCCGAAGCAGUUGAACGCACUACUGCAUGCUGGAAAAAGGAAAAGAGUGGAGUCAAUUCUUCUACACAUUAUCGAAGUUUUGAAGCAAAAUGAGGCCGUUGUUUCUGCGUCUACGAGACGAAUGUCAACCGCUGAUGAUACAUGUGAUGAAAUUGCAAGUGGAUUAGAGAAAUAUUUGGCUAGAAAUUACUGCAAAAUCGAUAGUUUUCCUAUGUUACCACUACAUGUUCUGUACGAUUCUGACACCGAAACAAACGAGUAUAGUGGGAAAGAAAAGGAUGACUAUAAAAAGUACGAAACUUUGUUCUCCACUGAUAAAAUGGAUUCGGCAAUAUCCAAUGUUUCAUUGCAAAACUAUCACUCCCCUACAGCCUUUACUGCGCAGCAUAACAGACUGCUGGUAGAGCUGUUAACUCAUACUCAAUUACCUGGUAUAUCUGAUACUGAUCAAAUGCAUCUGUUUGCUAUCGCUGACACGCUUAGUCAGUUUACCACUGAUGUGAUGAGCAGUUCGAAGGAUACUGUAGGUGGUGCUGCAGCGCACGGAUACGCAGUAGCGUCGACUGGGAUGGGAGCUCUUGAUGAAUGUGGACAGCGCUACCUAAUGGCGUUAAAGCGACAUGAAUAUCUGUUGCAUUGCUUACCUGAGAAGGAAAGAGUGGAACUGAAGGUGGCUGGUCUUGCCUCAUCCGACAUCAUCUGGGCUCUACAUUCUGAAACGGUCCCGGAACUAUUGGAUGCGAUCUCCUGUUUGCAAAAAAUCAACCCGACGUGGGACGAAAUGAGGAGCCUUGGCGUUGGCUGGUGGCUGAAGCACACAGUUAGCCUCAAGGCUUUCGUUGAGAAGCUUGCCAAGGCCGCAUUUCAACAAAAUCAGGAUCCGAUGGAUUCAUCACUGUAUUACUUAGCUCUUAAAAAGAAAACUUUUUUGAGUCAUUUGUUCAAGACCGUGCGCAAUUCGCAAAUGGCUAGCUUCUUCAUGCAAGACUUCAGCACUGAAUACUGGAAGAAGGUGGCUGCCAAGAAUGCAUUUGUACUAAUGAGCAAGCAGCGGUUCCAUCAUGCUGCUGCUUUCUUCCUACUUAGUGGCAGCCUCAAAGACGCUGUGCAGACGAUACUUUGUAAGUGUCAUGACUUACAAUUAGCCAUGGUAGUGCUACGAUUGUACGAAGCUAACAUUGAUGCUCAACACUCCAUGCUCAAGGAAAUGCUUUGCCGAGAGGUUCUGGGUCAAACCUCAAAGGAAUUUGAACAAAUGUGCGGGGAGGAAUACGAGGAUGCUACCAUCGCUGCCGAUGCGGACAAAGAUCCCUUCGUACGAUCUAUGGCGUACUGGCACUUGAAAGAUUAUUCAAGAGCAUUGCGAACGCUUGUUCAAGAAGUUCAUCGUGAUCAAUCUCAUUGCUAUACUCUAUCGGACAUAUUCAGCUUCUACUCAUAUCUGCGUAAACAUCCACUCGUCAUAAGGCAAAGACACACCAAUACUGCUCAGGUUGCUUCAGAUGAGCAGUUUGUGGCAGUUAGGAAUCAGGCCUGUACAACGAUGGAGAGAAGAUUGUAUUUUCGCGCAGCUGUGGGGCACAUGGUAUUCGGCUGUCCUAUGCUUGCUUUGGAUGUAUUGAGCCAAUUACCGAAGAGAAGCAACACUGAGGAUCAUGACGCUGUCGACGGCAUCGCUCAGCAAUUGAAAUUCAAAGCAUUUCUACGAGUUUUAACGGAAGAAAUGCUUGAAAUAGUGGGCAGUUUUGAUGGAGACGCUGUUCAGCUUCGCUCGCAGCUGAGGCUGUGGUUGGAGAAGGAAGUAGAAGUUUUGAAAAACUUUUGCGUCUAUGAGUCUCCUUUGAAUAUAUGUGACUUCAGUUGCGGAAGUGGCAUGAACGAUGGUUUGGAAAUCUCGGGGCUAAAAUCUGCAACUGAACGUCGAAGCUGGCUACUCGACAAUCAGGAUCUGUUAAGAUCACUGAUUUCUUUUUGCGCAUUGUAUUCCGGCCACAACCAUCGUCUUGGUUCUGCAUUGUUUGAGUUUUCACUGUUGUUUACAGAAACACAAACCAACAAUGACCUGGUUAAGCUUAGCGAGCCAGCUUCUGACUCCACUUCUUUACCUCCAUUAUUUGCGUCGGUAUUAUGGGCCGGAAUUUUCUUCGAAACACCAUUGAAUUUGAUUGAAUAUCAAUGCCAUGAUCUCUUAUCGACCAUCCUCGAUCUCACUAACAUUACUGAAGUUGAUGAGUAUUUGAAGAAGGCAUACACAUUAUAUAAUUCUGGUGUGAGCUUAUCAUCAUGCUUAUAUCAAUCUUUAUGUGAUUUGGAUCAGUGUUUUAUGGAUAGUUCUGAUGUGGGAAAACAUGGUGCCUCCAGUUAUGGUCCUGGUGUCACAAACGAUUUCAGGAUAUCAGCACCGCCUAGUCGAUGGCCUGAGAAUGCAUCUUUUGGUCGAGGAAAAUUCAGCAAAUCUCUUCGGUUUCGGCAACUUUUAACAGAGUGUUUCAGUGCUGUAACAAUGUCGCUGUUUUGUUAUGCUCUUGUUAGGUAUGAUUCACAGUGGCUCUAUCGGCUAGCCGCUCAUCAGAUUGACGAUUUACAAUUUUCCUUGCUGUUUGGAGGUGCAGGCGAAGAGAAAUUGAGGGCUAAACCACCAGUGAGACCACCGCGUCCAUCUGCUCUCGCAAAGAAAUUUGGCCAAAAUCGUGUGGUCAACGCUGAUGUCUCGUCGGAGCCAAAUUCUCAUGUCAAUGAGGAGGAGCUAUCGCUUGGUACGACAGAAAUGGGUCUCUCCACACUGCAUGUGCGAUUACUGACCAAGUGGGUGCCACCGAGAAACGACUUAGUACAUUUCUUUGCAGAUAAGCCUAUACAAAGUACUAUACACGGUAUGCGUGCUCAUUACGAUUCGGAGGAUAGUUCUAGUUCGACCAGUAUGAGCGAAUCGGAGGACGACAAUAUUGGAAAGGCAUAUUCUUCAUCCUACGCUUGGCAGCUGCUCAGACUUGUUCUUGUUGAACAACAGAUUCAUAGGAUUCGUCAGUUUUUAACGCUUACAGGUUUCGAUCCGAAUGAUGCCCUUGAUUUAUCCCCUCAAAUUAACGCUUUACUGGACCUUCUCAGUAGAUGGUCGUCGCAGUUGCACUAUACCUUACAAAUGUAUCCUGGUGGUUGCCCCUCCAACCUGCUUCCGAACAUGAUUGUAGAUACAAACGAUUCUUCCAGUUUUUCAAAAAAGUAUGCGAUGAUCACAGAAGAAAACAACACUCCAUUCAAAUCCGAGGAUCCUCGAGUUGUUUCAUUGAAGCGACUAUGGUCGUAUCUGGUCCAUCAGGACCAUCUCAAACAUUUAUUUAUCCGUCAUAUAUUCUCAGCUCAAAGCCUGCAGGAGCAGCUUGUGGAGUGCAGUGAUACUUCAGCCGGUGAAGGCGCUCAGCCUCUUCCAGGCGCUUUCAAGAUCUUUCACAAAGACAGCGAACCAAUUGUUGCUUUCGCCUGCAAUCAGGAGAAGCUCGGAUGGUUGGUAGUUUCUACUGGAAGAGAGCUCCAGGAGUUGGACUUAUCAGGUGUUUUUGAGAAAUGGAGUGAUACAUCGUCUUGGUUGUACAAUCGCUCGGAAUUGGAUGUGAGCCUUUCAACGGCUUAUCGUGAUUUGCUGAAGGAGAAUGAUGAUUACCAACUGGUUGCGGAAGAUGCAUAUGGGACUGAGAGUCCAGAUAGCCCAAAUACAGCCAUGAAAAUCACUCCGUGGAUUAUUGAUAGAAGCAGAAUGGGAGUGCAGAAGAUCUUUAAGCGAAAGAUUCAAGGCAUACGAAAAAUAGAUUCUCAUCCAACAUCACCUUACUAUGUGACUGGUUCUUCUAACGGCUCAAUCAGGGUUUGGGAGUGGAAUGCCGGACAACCCGUAUACACCGCCCGUGCCGAUGGCCAGCAUGCCAAGGUUGCAAAGGUAACUUUCUCUUGUAACGGCAAUAAGUUCGCUGCUGUGGAUGGAGAUGGUCUACUGUGUCUAUGGCAAGUCGACACGUCUACAGAGCACAGGAAGCCAUUCUUCAGUCAAAGAUGUCACAGUAAAUCAGCUUCGGAUGUAAGAUUUGUAGACCAUAGCUCUACUGUUUUAAUAACAGCUGGCAACUCCUCUGGAGACUCCAAUCUUGCUUUAUGGGAUACUCUGCUUUCUCAGAGUAGCGCUUUGGUUCAUUCAUGGGUAGCACACCCGGAAGGAGCCACAGCGGUCAUGUACUUGCCCAGACAGCAAACGAUCGUGUCCGGUGGUCGACACGGUGAUUUAUGCUUAUGGGACAUACGCAAAUGUCAGCUGCGUGAAACCGUGAGAGCAUUUGACUCACAUGAGGUCGUUAACGCUUUAGUUACUGACCCCACGCGAAAUUUGAUUGUAGCGGGGUCAAGUGAUGGUAAUAUAAAAAUAUGGUCUGCUGAUGUGGACUUACAGUUGAUACACUGCUUUUCCGGCGAACAUGUUGCGAAAAGUGGAUUCUCGCUUAGACAAGUUGCGCAGUCGACGGUGCAAGGUGUACAGCAACUAUACAUUGACCAAGAACUUCGACUUUUCUCCUCCGGUGCAGACGGGUGUCUGAAGUUCCGAGCCCUCCAACAUUAUAUCACAUAAAUAGGGCGUCAUAGUGUUAGGUCUUGGUUUUCCAUAAGUUGAUGUCAUGGGGUGGAGGACAUUAGGUCGCCGAAAGGGGGCGGUCCCCGCGGUCAUUUGCGACAAAUAAGCA